CUUUCUGCCUUAAAAAUAAAUCACAGUCUCGCUCGCGUCUUUCCUCAAACCUCUCUGUCUCUUCUUCUUCCUCGCCUCGUCUACGCAAUAAUACUACUCUUAUAUCACAAAAUCUCCACGAAAGCGCUACUCGAAGAUCUGUCUUUUCAGCUUACUUUAGUAUUUCUCAAAAGUAAGGCUCUAUCCGUUGAGAAACAAGAACGAACAAGUUGAUCAUCGGAUUAUUUUCUGACCCGAAAUUCAGUUAAAAGUAAGCUAAGACAGAAUUGAAGUUUGCGUUGAUCUUUAAACCAAAACAAGUGGUGGAUUCGCGAGUGUGUACCAAUAUUACUGCAAAGUUGGAUCACUGUUUCAAGUCUUGGACUUUCAUUGUGAAAAUGGUUGAGAUCCACAUGGAAUUGAAGGUUAUAUGUAGAUCAUUCUAGAGCCUGACUACUGUAGUUUAAUUGAUUACUUCGAUUAUUUGGUGGCGGGAGAUGUUUGCCAGAAGGAAGGUUUGAUUCAGUAAUCAUCGAGGCUGAUCUUAUAAGAGUUAUUUGCAUUUCCUCUGCUUCUCAUGUCUAGAGAUGUAUAUUCACAACAGAGCUUAUAGCGAUACAUGAAACUCCGAGUGAUAGCCAGGCUCAGUUUUGAACCCCUUGAAUUACUUUCCCUGAGGAACCAUUAUUAUGAAUGAUUUCCAGAUAAUAAUGAAUUGUGGGAGAGAACUGAGUACUCAGAUUGUUGCAGAGUUAAUAUAUUGCUCAAACAUGCUUCUACGUAAUACUGUAUAUUCUCUCAUAUAUGAUUGCCAUUUAGAAAUUCAAUUAUAAAAGCUAGACCUUUGUGUUGCUCUUUAGUGUUUUUUAGGCUCCUAUCCAAGCGCCAGUUUCUUCUUAUAAAACAAUCUCUUACCUUCUUAUUUUUUAUGCUUGCUCUAUGUUUUUGGCAGGUCGUUUAUGUAUUUUCUCUUGAAGGAAGAGAUUAGCCACUAAUACAAAAUGUCUGGGUCAACAAAAGUAUUGGAUCCUGCGUUUCAAGGAGUGGGGCAGAAACCAGGUACUGAAAUCUGGAGAAUCGAAAAUUUUGAGCCAGUCCCAGUACCAAAGUCUGAACAUGGAAAGUUCUAUAUGGGAGAUACCUACAUUGUCUUGCAGACCACACAGAAUAAGGGUGGCGCUUAUCUAUUUGAUAUACAUUUUUGGAUUGGUAAAGAUACAAGCCAGGAUGAAGCUGGAACAGCAGCUGUCAAGACAGUUGAACUUGAUGCAGCUCUUGGAGGCCGAGCUGUCCAAUAUCGUGAAAUUCAAGGUCAUGAAUCUGACAAAUUCUUGUCUUACUUCAAGCCUUGCAUUAUACCACUAGAGGGUGGUGUUGCGUCUGGAUUUAAAAAACCGGAGGAGGAGGAGUUUGAAACCCGGCUGUAUACCUGCAAAGGAAAACGUGCUGUCCACUUGAAGCAGGUUCCUUUUGCACGCUCAUCUCUGAAUCAUGAUGAUGUGUUUAUCUUGGACACCAAGGAAAAGAUUUAUCAGUUUAAUGGUGCAAAUUCAAAUAUCCAAGAGAGAGCUAAAGCGUUGGUAGUCAUUCAAUAUUUGAAAGACAAGUUUCAUGAAGGAACUUCUGACGUUGCUAUUGUUGAUGAUGGAAAAUUAGAUACAGAAUCAGAUUCUGGCGAGUUCUGGGUCCUCUUUGGGGGGUUUGCUCCAAUAGCAAGGAAAGUUGCGAGUGAGGAUGAAAUUAUUCCGGAGACAACUCCGCCUAAGCUUUAUAGUAUCGCUGAUGGUCAGGUGGAAUCUAUAGACGGCGAUUUGUCCAAAUCUAUGCUAGAAAACAAUAAAUGCUACCUUUUGGACUGCGGUUCUGAGAUCUUUAUCUGGGUUGGCCGAGUAACUCAAGUGGAAGAGAGAAAAACUGCUAUCCAAGCUGCUGAGGAUUUUGUUGCUAGUGAAAAUAGGCCAAAGGCAACACGCAUAACCCGUGUUAUUCAAGGUUAUGAGCCCCAUUCUUUCAAGUCUAACUUUGACUCUUGGCCAUCAGGCUCGGCAACUCCUGCUAAUGAAGAAGGACGAGGAAAAGUCGCUGCAUUACUUAAGCAACAAGGUGUUGGGUUAAAGGGCCUGUCAAAAAGCACACCAGUGAAUGAGGAUAUUCCACCAUUGCUUGAAGGAGGUGGAAAGUUGGAGGUUUGGUACAUUGAUGCCAACUCCAAGACUGUUCUAUCCAAAGAUCAUGUCGGAAAACUUUAUUCUGGGGACUGCUAUCUGGUCCUUUAUACCUACCAUUCUGGUGAAAGGAAAGAAGACUACUUCUUGUGCUGUUGGUUUGGAAAGAAUAGUAAUCAGGAGGAUCAAGAAACAGCAGUUCGUCUAGCGAGCACAAUGACAAAUUCGUUGAAGGGAAGACCAGUGCAGGCCCGUAUAUUUGAGGGUAAAGAGCCUCCACAAUUUGUUGCACUUUUUCAACAUAUGGUUGUCCUUAAGGGCGGUUUGAGCUCUGGUUACAAAAAUAGUAUGACAGAGAAAGGUUCGUCAGGCGAAACCUACACGCCGGAAUCAAUUGCACUUAUUCAAGUAUCUGGAACUGGAGUUCACAAUAAUAAGGCUCUACAAGUUGAAGCGGUGGCAACUUCUUUGAACUCCUAUGACUGCUUCCUUCUGCAAUCGGGUACUUCCAUGUUCCUUUGGGUUGGAAACCAUAGUACGCAUGAGCAGCAGGAACUGGCUGCUAAAGUUGCUGAAUUCUUAAAGCCUGGGACUACUAUCAAGCACGCAAAAGAGGGAACAGAGAGCUCAUCCUUUUGGUUUGCACUUGGGGGAAAACAGAACUUCACCAGCAAGAAAGUUUCCUCUGAGACUGUCAGGGAUCCUCACUUGUUCUCCUUUUCCUUCAACAGAGGAAAGUUUCAGGUUGAAGAGAUUCACAACUUUGAUCAAGAUGACCUCUUGACGGAGGAAAUGCAUUUACUAGAUACUCAUGCUGAAGUUUUUGUCUGGGUUGGUCAAUGUGUGGACCCUAAGGAAAAACAAACUGCCUUUGAGAUUGGCCAAAGAUACAUAAAUCUGGCUGGUUCGCUGGAAGGCUUGUCUCCAAAAGUUCCAUUAUACAAAAUCACUGAGGGAAAUGAACCGUGCUUCUUCACCACUUAUUUUUCAUGGGAUUCUACUAAAGCUACUGUGCAAGGGAAUUCCUACCAGAAGAAGGCAGCAUUAUUACUUGGUACACACCACGUUGUGGAGGAUCAGUCUAGCAGUGGGAACCAAGGACCAAGGCAAAGGGCUGCUGCUUUAGCUGCCUUGACUUCUGCCUUUAAUUCUUCUUCUGGGAGAACAAGCUCUCCGAGCCGAGACAGAUCAAAUGGAAGUCAAGGGGGUCCAAGACAAAGGGCUGAAGCUUUAGCCGCCUUAACAUCCGCAUUCAAUUCUUCACCAUCAUCAAAGUCACCUCCCCGAAGAUCAGGAUUGACAAGCCAGGCGUCACAAAGAGCAGCAGCAGUGGCUGCUCUUUCCCAAGUUCUCACUGCUGAGAAGAAGAAAUCACCUGAUACCAGCCCUUCUGCUGAAGCAAAAGAUGAGAAAGCUUUCUCAGAAGUGGAGGCUACCGAAGAAGCUACUGAAGCCAAGGAAGAAGAGGAAGUGUCACCUGCAGCAGAAGCGAGUGCUGAGGAAGCAAAACCAAAGCAGGAUGAUUCUGAAGUAGAAACAACUGGAGUAACUUUCACCUACGAACGACUACAAGCCAAAUCUGAGAAACCCGUGACAGGGAUUGACUUCAAACGCAGAGAGGCUUACCUGUCUGAGGUAGAGUUCAAGACUGUAUUUGGGAUGGAGAAAGAAUCAUUCUACAAAUUGCCUGGAUGGAAACAAGACUUACUGAAGAAGAAAUUCAACUUAUUCUAAGGAUUCUCCAAAAAAAAUUAGCAGGUGGAAACAUCACAAACAUCCUUAGAUCUCAUGAUCCUCCAUGUCAGAUAUAUACUAAGAGCAACAUGCCAUUGUGUUAUUUGGUUAUGUAGUGACCUCAGCGCCGCAGCUAUGAAGACAAUGAACAGUUUCUUGUGUUUUUCUUCCUUCAAUUUUACUCUUUUAUUGUUUUGGUUUUUCAAUAUAUUUCUUCUUUCUCAUGGGUGGGUUUUGGGUUUGAUUCUUCAUAUUCUUAACCACAAAAUGGUGUGUUAUUGUAAUGAUUGUUUUUUUGUCAAACAUGCGUUCAUUUUUUGGGUCAGGACAGUUGUGUGGUGGUGGGUAGUAAAUUCUUUGAUCUGGAUUGCACAUUAUUUUGAUUGUGUAAAAGAACAGUGUCUACAUGUAAACUCAUGAAAUUUCAAUAUAUUGGUGUUGGAUUCGUUUGACAAUUGAGACACCAUUUGAUUUUGUUG